GCGCGCGCUUGCCUCCAGGCUCUUCGUUUUUUGUUUUGAAUCCCACCUUCGCCUGUGAGUGUCUAUUUUGCAAAAGGUAAAUGAAUGAAUGAAUGAAUGAAUAGUGCUUAGACGAACGAAGUUUGAUGAAUAGUGUAAGAGUAAGUAAGUACUUAAGUGUAAGUAGAGAGCAGGCUUCGGUGGUUCACACUCUUCCCCCUCGACUUCUUUAAGAUUUGAGUAUCCUUCUACGACCUCGUGUUAGUAAGAAUUAAUUCAAUGUCUCACUGCAACAUGGCAAAUGCAAAAGCAAAUGAUACUAUCAUAGAAGAGAGAAACAAUAACAAUUGAAUUCCUCAUCGUUGUUGUUGUCUCUGUUUUGAAGAAAAAAAUUUAAUGACCACCUCCAUUCGCAUUGUGUGGAGCCCUUACGGACGAUUACGAAAUCGAGAAGAAAAUGACGUCCGAUAGAAACGCUACGAGAAACGCUUGUGGAGCUGGCGGCGCUCUUGCCUCUGGACAGCAUCAUCAAGGGGGAAAGCAUCAACAAGAACCUGUUGACGAGCAUGUCAACACGAUGAGCAAAAAGAGAUCCGGGAACAAUAAAAAAGCAGGGGAGACAAAACCAGAAGGAGAAACAAGAGGCGAUGAGCCUGUCGCAGCUGGAGAAGCUCAAGCUGAACUUCAAGCUGAUAGUGGGGCCGGAGCUGAUCAACAAGGCGUGGGCGGCGUCAUCCCGGGGCCUUCAACUACUGCAACUUCAUCAACGUCAAAGAAUCCAUCAGGAGGCUCUGGUUGUAACUCUAGCACAGCAGCUUCGACAUCGACUUCAACCUCUUCGACCGCGACACCUUCAACAUCCACGUCAAUGUGUGCUUCUGCCAGCUGCGUUCUUUCCUUUUUGCGGCCUCCAGGGGGAAACAACUUUGUCACAGUAAAACAAAAGAUGCAGGAGCUUUUUUUCGGAAAUUUGGUUACUACCAGUUGUAGAGAAACUACCUCUUCCACCGCAUCAACAACAGGUGGCAGCACUAGCGUAGCUGCAGUUCCUGGUCAAGCUUCAGGAGCAUCAAGUUCCUCAUCUUCGUCUCCACAAAAUGAAGGAAAAGAGAAGGCGCCCAUUUCUAGGAGAAACAAAAUUAGCAUAGACGAACUGGCAGAGCAGUUGGUCAAUGUGAAAUUCAAGAGCUUGCAAGCUAAAGCUUUUGUAGAGGUAGUGGAGAAAGUCGCUCAGAAUGCAGCGCAGCGGGGGAAGUUCUUAGCCAUGCUGCAGAGGGUUGUGACGGAAAAGAUGAACUCCUUCUCUUGGGAGGCUUUUUACCGUUUAAAAAGGGCUUUGGACCUUCCAUGUGCAUGCGGAGAGUCGAGGGAAGAAGCGGACUCGAUUUUGAGAAAAGCUUAUCGGAAUUCUCCCAUUAAGGCGAUUGCUUCUUGUUCUUUGAUACAGUAUGUAGUUCGUUGACAAAGAAAUCUACGUCGCCCUUAGUAAUUUUAAAGAAUCCGGCGCACCGCACACCCUCAUCAUCUAACUAGGGCUGGGACCAGUAUGCAUACGCAGUUUUGUGCGUUUCGGAAUCGCAACGCUACGUAAACAGGGAGCUGCUGCAAAACCUAUCAUCCGGACAGACCCAGAUGGCGAAUGAGCUGGUACCUCUAAAAUCUAUGAUGUUUCCAGCGAGCGAGCUCCGCCGGCGGCUGAUAUAUGCCGGGGCGGGGCCGCCCCCUGUUUCAAGAGGGUCGAGGCGGGGUGCGAGUAGAUGGGGGAACCAGGCUCAGGAGCAGCCACGUGCAAAAGAAGCAGCAAGUGACGGGCCCGGCUGAUGUAUGCACGCACUGGCGGCCGCGGGGCUUUGUGUUUGCUGGGCGAGUCCAUCGCGCCGCCACAGCCCGAGAAGGGGGCGCAAAAGUGACCGGCGUGCGCUGGUGCGGUCAAAGCAUCGACAUCCCCAACGCGGGAAAGCCAGACACGAGGGCCCUUCGCCGUUGGCUCUGCGUAUUUCUCUUGCGGAUGAGCUUGGGCCUGCCUGCUAAUCCGGGCCGUCUGCGGUGGGGGUUGGGGAAGUCCUUCGACGGAUUGACAGCGGCCUCCGCGGUGAACGGCAUCCAAAGACGGGCUGAUCUCGGUGACCUGGCGAGGAGAGUGGGGACGAGGUUCACAGAGUAACCCAAGCAAGAGCAGAGAGCCAAGAACAGGAGGAGAGGGGCCCACUGAUGGCGAAGCGUGGCCGGCUUGGGCUUUCAUGAUGUGAAGCGGAACGCGGGGGGGCUGUCUGGUAGAACUUGGGCAACCUGGAUGGGGAAGGCCCGCCCACCCAGUUCACAGAAGCGUGAACGCCGGGGCUUCCUUGUGUGUGCAGAGGACUGACAGACGCGGGCGGCGUUUCUACUAAUGGCGUGGCGCGGGUCCCCGGGGUGUCGUUUUGUUUUCGAAAUGAUGACGAACCAGGAAUGCCGGGGGUGAAUUCUUUCGACAUAUAUCGGGGGGGCUGGGGCUCCUGGGUUAACUAUGGCAAAGAGGGCAUCCUUGGCGCGAUCGAGGGCGCGCGUGUGAGAGUGGAGGAGCUGUCUCGCUCUUCCGUCAGUCGGUCAAGAUUGCUGCUGAUAUACCUGAGGAGCCGCGCCGUGUAGCUCGGAGGUGUAUGCAAGUCAGAGGCCACGGGCUUAGGCUGUGUCUUGUCCCAGCUAGUGCGCAGCUAGCAUUCUUGCGACGACUGAGCUGGCGCAUUGGCAUUGGCUAAGGGCUUUUUCAGGUUUAACGCGUGUGAAAGCCUGCCCACGAUGUUCAGGGGGUGAAAAAGCGGCGGCGCUUGUUAAUGAGUGCACCUUUUUGAACUUUGUGCAGAUUUGGCGAAGUUUGAUGCCGAUGGCUUGCCAAGCAACAUACAACACAAGGGCCAAACCGUUCCGCCCUCCAGUUUUCUAGUUUUUGGUAUUGUGUGUUCUCGCUCAAGAAGUUGAAUCUUCAAGGAAGACGCAGCAGCUCGGUGGCUAUCGGUUCUAAUGCGGGGCCUUCGGUGUUAGUUUGCGGGGUUUGUUUUGCUUUUGUGUCGAUUCAUGCCGGUCCCGCUUUGGGGCUUAAGUAUAGGCAAGCAUGCCGCUGGCGCCAACGCGAGGGAGCCACUUGCCGCCCCUCUGCUUUGCCAGCCACUGCUUAUUUUGCUGCCCGUCUGGGCACCGCGGGCACCCUCGUCAGAAUUGGGGACGUCAGCUUCGAUAUUCUUUGUGUUAGGUUCCUUCGUGCCUAUUUCUCUUGUGUAAGUAAAGUAAGUAUACAACAAACAUUCCCUCAUAUCACUAUACAGGUCAGCGACAAUAGAGAACUGCAGAGGCUUCUUGUGGAGUGCCACCCAACGAUGGACCUGGUUCGAAAAUAUCAACUGCCUGAGUCCGAAGUUGGGGGAUUCUUCCUAGAGCAAGAGAUUUCAGGGAUGCGAUAUUAUAUCAGUACUCUUCUUUCAUAUUUAUCUUCUACUUUAAUACUGUGGUAGUCGUACGUUGAUUUUGAUUUUACAAUAAAUUACAAGCUUGCUCUCCUCGCUCUGAUAUCUCUUUAGUACUCUUGUCUAUAAUCAUGAUAGAUAUGAAAACUUCUUCUACGCCCACAGAGACCUUGUCUCCUGCUUUGUGGGAUCACGCGUUGGGUUUUACUUUGCUCGACCCGCGAAGGAACUUUGAGCACCGCAUCUCGAUUCAUAACGCCCUCAUUCGGCUUACGCAGCAGGGGAAAAUAUGGGGAAAUAUCUACGAUCUCGAGCAAAAGCUUGUCUAUGCACGUUCACGGUUCAUGUCCCUUUGCGCAGCUGAGGGACGUGACUAUGUGGCGAUAAAGAGUCGGGAUCUCUGUGGUGCCGAAGUCCUGGACCGAAAGAGAAUAGACGCAAACAAGUAUUGAAUUGUCGAUCGUCAUUAGCGAACAUGAUGAUUUCUAACGGACUGAUUCUAUCCACUUCGAUUGUAGCUUAUAAUCUUGCAAAUGUUUCUUCUUAUUUCCAUCAAACACAUCAAUCUAGCUGGCUCUAUUUCCUCCAAUGCAUUUUUUUAUCACCAUUACCUUCUAACUAAAACUGCUUCAUCUAGGUACUUAACCGCCUCAUUCUUCGACUACCGGUUAAAAGUCCUAGCUGUGGAUGAAAUCGAUUGGAGCAUUUUUGAGACUGACCGGGUUAUCGGCUUCGACACCGAAUGGAGGCCUGAAUUUCGGAGGGGUGGUCAAGGAGCCGCGGCCAUUAUGCAGCUUGCUUUCCCUGUCCGAAAAGAAUGCUGGAUUGUGGAUUUAUGUAUUUCUCGUAGCUUCUCCUGUACUUAUCACUCUCUGUCGUGGUCUAGUAUGUCUUUUACUCUACGAAGAUCUCAUACAACAUAGGGUUGAAGUCGAGGAACUGAAUCAAUCAACUUUUUCCUUUACAAUCAAUCUAAUUCUACAACUCCCACAGGUCUUCCCGAAGCGCCCAUUAGUGAAGAGCCGCGACAUAGCAAGCUCGAGGCGCGAGACAAGCUUCUAGAUUACAUCUUCGACUCUAACAAUGACAUCAAGAUCGUCGGAUUCGGUCUCAACAACGACUUGAACUCGAUCGACUAUAGGAAACAACGCGAUAUGUCCCUCAUUCGUGGCGAUCCUGACGAUAGCCGAAGGAUUAGACGGCGCUCGGCAGACGUCGGAGACCCCGCUUCUAUACUUAGCUCUGUGAGUUCGACUCAGUCAAGCAAAAUUAUAACGGUUGCUGGGGGUGCGGGUGCGGGAGCGAACGGGAAUCCGAAUGCGUCAAAGAUGAUAAGCUUUUGCACCAACAAUGCGCCAGCUAGCUGUGCGACGACUUCGCAGUUGCAGGGGUUAGGCUUAACUCCAUGGGCGGGGCAAACUGCAGUGCCUCCAGUGGUUCCCGGGACACAAAAUCAAAACAUCGAAGUUGCGGCAGCGGAUGAAGCUGUCGGAGUACAACAACAAGUAGUGCUAGUAGACGAAGUGGUAGAUGAUGAUCAAGAUCAACAUGUUGUACAACACGCAGGCGUCGAAGAUGUUGCACAAGUAGUUGCUCCCUGCGGCACAGUAGGAGAUGAGGCUGCUCCUCCACCAGCUGUUGUUUCCCCUAAUGCUCCUAUCGUGGUCGCAGGAGUGGCUCCUCCAGUUUCUAGUGCCGGUGCAGUUCCAGGAUGUUGUAGUACCCAUUUACUGAGCGGGACGAAUCAGACGGACGUGAACACGUUGCCCUCUCGAAUCUCGACGCGUUUUGCUCCCGCCAGUAGAGCUGACUUGACUAUCAAUACUGCAGUAGCAAAUCAGUUCGGUCUUGCUGCUUGCGGUACCGCAGCGCGCACACCAUCGGGAAGCGCGUCCAGUUGUGCUUACCAGUUACCAGGUGGUGCGCUGGGAGAGCCGACGCCCCGAGGUGGAGUUCUCGGAGGUGCACCGACGCCUGCGUCGGCGUCGAAUACAGUACAACUGUUGGCAUCGACCAGCAACCCAAUUAUAGCGUUGAAUCCAACAGCACCUGGAGCUGCGAGCUCUAACGUAAUCGGCGGAGGAGCCUCAUCUUCUUCAUUGGCCAAACAAGGAGGAGCAACCACGACUCCUGUUUCAACUAGUACCCCUGCUCCUGGAGUAGUUAGCGGCACAUCCACUGGAGGAGUCGUGACUGGAACGUCAGCUGCUUCAUCUAGCACGAAUUGGACCACUAGAAAAAGAGAACAAACUCUAGCCAGUAAAAGACGCGACAUGGGUGGAGCUCAGAGUCGCAAGUACAUAGACAUUCUUUCACUUCUGUCCCCGAACGCAGAUAGUGGGAAGAAGGGCAGUCUCGCAGACCUCGCGGAAAAGGUGUAUGGGAAGCCCUUGAGUAAGGAGAUUACCAUGCUGAAUUGGGAAGUAAGGCCCUUAGAGCCGAUUUGGGUAGAGUAUGCUGCGCUGGACGCCAUUGUCCCUGUCGAGUACUACCUCUCGCACAUCGCACCAACUGCCGGCGCACCCGGAGGUUCAGUUUCACUGAUGAAUAAUAGUAUAACAAACAUCAACGGAGGAGCGAGUUGUUCGGGAGCAACCACCACUGGAGCUUUAGGUGCAACCACCACUGGAGCUUCUUACACAUUGCAUGGCACGAAGGGUGGGGGCAUCGUAGCUACAAUUAAGGCCUCGCUCAACCCACCUUUUUGGCUCAUCUGUGACCUGCUUUCAAGUGCUAGAAAAAGGGACAGAGAUGAGGGAGGAGAUGGAUUGUGGUGAGUUCUAAUACAAAUAUGUCUUCGCUAGGCGGUUCUUUAUCGUCAUCUAGUAAUAUGACUGCGCAAGCACUUGGAGGUGUAGCUGGAGGACCUAAUAAUUCGCAGUUGAGUUGUAACAAUAAAGCCGCACCAGGAGGAGCAGGAGUUCUUUCAACAGGAGGAGCACACUCGUCACAUCACGGUUUCGGUACUUCUGCAUCGAACUCAAAAGGAGGUCAUGGCCAACACUUUCAGCCGCAUGGGAAGGGUCAUCAUGCCAGAGGUAAAAAAAAGCCUGGACAUCUGAUGAACGGACAUCCACUAUUAUGGUCAGCCUUUAUCCAUCUUUCUCGGCAUCUUGGUCCCCUUUUCCUUUGCAUUCUCAUGAAAUACACGGUAAGAGGGGGCAAGAUGAGGGGGCCGAGAUGGAUGGAAGCUGACUCUAACACUUCCGCCUACAACUCAGCAAGGUCCUAUAAUUGGAGGUGUUGGAGUUGGACAGGCAACAUCGAUAGGGCCUGGAGCUGUAGCGGCCGCGAUAUUUGAUCCUGCAUUACAAGCACAACAUCAGCAACAACUCCUCAACCGCUCCCAACAACAACAUCAGCAGAUGAUGGCAGCAGCUGCUGCACAUCAACAACAACAACAUUCCCAAGCCCAAGGGCAACAUUCUCAUGCCCCUUUCCUACCACCACCUCAUCAACCUAUGCCGGGCGUGCAUCAUUUUCAGAAAGGUGCACUAGCUUGGCUCCCGCCCCAGCACCAACUUCCACCUGGCUAUUUUUCCAAAAAUUAA